AUGGCGGAUGCUCUCUCCGUGGCCUCCAGCUUGAUCGCGCUUGCGACUUUCGCCUUUGAAGCGAGCAAAUCGCUCCAUGCUCUAGUCGAGGGCUUCAAAAACACGCAGCGAACAGUUCGUGAGCUACGGUAUGAAUUGGAAUCUUUAACACAGGUCCUCGGCACCUUAAUCUCGGCAGUAAUGGACAAUGAAGCCGAGCUGGCCAGCUUGAAGUUACCUCUUCUGCGAUGUGGGAAAAUAUGCAGCGAGUUCAGAGAAAUUAUUCGCAAAUGUGUGGCCCAUUCUAACGGCCAACGCACAAGCUGUCGUGACUGGGCUAAAUUACAGUACAUGGGUGGGAAUAUUAAUGACCUGAAAACAACGCUUGCUGGUUAUAAAGCGACUAUCUCCAUCGCUCUCGGGGGCGCCACAUUUCGUCAAGCCACUGUUGCCAGCGCUGUCAUCGACCAGUAUAAGACCAUGAUCGAGGAAGCAACGUCUGACCUUCAGGAGCAUCUACAAGACAUCGAGGAAAGGUUGCAAUCGCUUGAUCAGCACAGGGGCCCUGUUCAAAGCACUGAGCAAUGCCUGACAAUAUGUACUCGUGUCGCGCAAGUCAUUAUACACCUCCAGAAACAGCUUCCGCAACUCCAUUAUAAGGGUGAGAAUAUGUCUAUACAGUUUGGUUCUGGCAAUGAUGAUAUAUCCGGUCAAUCCCAGAACCUGACCAGCGCUAUGCUCACUGACUUUGGCGCAAGAGUGUCAUCAAACUCGGAGGCACUCCAGGCCCAUUUGAUGGAACUGACAAAUCGACUGAGACAAAUGCCGCAACAGGGCAUAAUGUCCGAGGAUCCCACUAACUUGAAUCUUAUCAAGGAGGAGAGGGAAAGCAUUAUCCAAUGUCUUAAUGUCUGUUCAGAGGCCUCCGAAUUGGCACACAGAGCCCGCACAAAUAUCUUUGAGGACGUGACAUCUUCAGAUGAGUCACAUCAGCUCGUGGUAUCUACCAUUGGAGAUCUGAUUUCCGCCAAGCUUAUCAUCACUGGCUCGAAAUCGGCGCACUGGUUGGGCCAAAUGUCAGACACUUCGCUACAGCAAUUAUCUCGGGACUUCCGUGGACAAGUCGGGAUAGGAGAAGAGCCACCCGCGCGGGCGGAGAAAAAUGAAUUCAAUACCCGCUACGGAUCUGGUCAGCUGCUCGGUGAAGACUCUCCAAGGCGCCGAACAUCUCCCAGCGACAAACGUUAA